ACUAGUCAACUAUAUUUAUCAAACUUUGUUACUUAUGCACAUGAAUCCAAUCAUCCAUGAGGACUUCAGUGCAUUGCACAUCGAUCUCCCAAUUCUAAUCAUUUUGGGUACCUCUUGUAGGAAAUCUAUGGACAUAUACAGUAAUGUAUCAUCUCCAAGUCUUGACUUCGUGGGAGCACCUUCGUUAUCUCUGCUAGGAAGCUCAUUCUUUGGCUCAUCUCUCAUAAGAAGAAACACUCCUGAGAUAUUGCCUUCUCUUCACAAUCCUCUCAUACCGCCAGAAGAAGAAGAAAAAGAAGCUCACAAGCAUAUUUCUCAUGAUGAGAAUCCCUCCAAUGAUGCACGUAGAAUUCCAAUUUCCCGCCAAAGCUCUUAUGGCCAAGCAAUGGUAAAUGGCAUGAAUGUCCUCAGCGGAGUAGGAAUUCUUUCUACUCCUUAUGCUGUGAAGGAAGGUGGAUGGGCUGGACUUUCAAUAUUAUUCAUUUUUGGUGUGCUUUCUUUCUAUACUGGCAUGCUCCUGAGGUACUGCUUGGAUAGCCAACCCGGGAUUGUGACGUACCCAGACAUUGGUCAGGCUGCUUUUGGUACAACAGGACGAAUUUUUGUAUCAGCUUUAUAUAUUGAAGGCCUUGCUGACUUUGACAUGCUUAGUGUCCCAUAUUGUUGGAGGGUUAUAGCUUCAGUAUUGGUUGUCCUUUGCUUGUACUGGGCUAGCUUGGUGGAUCAUGUAGGCUUUGAAAACAAAGGGACUCUGUUGGUGAAGUUAUUGGUGAAGUUGUUGGUGAAGCUCCUUGGUGAAGCUGUUGGUGAAGCUGUUGGUGAAGUUGUUGGUGAAGCUCGUAUGUGA